AUGAACACCACACCGUUCCCCUUACUAUUCCUCCCUGAAAAAUCACUAAUUCUCACUUUACAAUGUAUGGAAUCUCAUGAACUAAUCGCUGUCUCAAUUCUAUCUAAAACAAUGCAAAAGUUGACAUUGUCUGUAAUCCCACAAGCUCAAAAAAGUUUUAUCACAUUCUUCAACUAUACAGAGAUAAUGAUUGGAUUUGGACUUACAAAUUUUAUAAAGUUUAUUUUCUAUGAUGACAAGGCCCCGAAAUAUAUCUACGUUGAAAUCUGGAAGGAUACCGAGCACCACAGAUUGCAAUGGUUCAACCAUAGAAUUUCGACUCAACAAUGGAUCAAACACGUCUUCAAAGUGACAAAGGUUAACACCGUUACCGAUAUACGAUUUGUCGAAAACUGCGAACGCUUCACUGCUGAUAUUGUACGUAGUAUUCUUCCAACAGGAAAUGCAACAUGUAUUGAUUCAAAACUUCCACAUGAUAAAUGUGAAGUCGUUACCUAUAACUUUGGACGAUUUAUUGCUUGUUAA